GCGCGCGCGCGGGCGGGCGCCGUGACGCACUUCCGGCGCCGCGGCGGAAGCGGCGGGGCCGCCUAAGAUGGCGGCGGCGUGAGUUGCAUGUUGUGGGGCCGCCGCGAGGAGCCGCCGCCGCCCCGUCCCCGUCCCGCCAUGGCGGUGACCGUGACGCUGAAGACGCUGCAGCAGCAAACCUUCAAGAUCCGCAUGGAGCCGCACGAGACGGUGCGGGCUCUGAAGGAGAAGAUCGAGGCCGAGAAGGGCAGCGAGGCCUUUCCCGUGGCCGGGCAGAAGCUGAUCUACGCCGGCAAGAUCCUGAGCGACGACGUGCCCAUCCGCGAGUACCGCAUCGACGAGAAGAACUUCGUGGUGGUCAUGGUCACCAAGGCCAAGUCUGCGCUGGGCUCGGCCCCCCCCGAGGCCGGGGCCCCCUCGGAGCCCCCCCCCGCAGCCCCCCCGGGGCCCCCCCCGGCCGCCGACGCCGCCCCUCCCCCCCCGGCCGCGCCCAGCGAGGAGCCCCCGGCCCAGGACCCCCCCCCUGCGCUGACCCUGCCUGAGCCCGCGGCGGGCUCCGUUCCCCCCUCGGGCAGCUCCGGGCGCUCGGCCGACGCCGCCUCCACCCUCGUGACGGGCUCCGAAUACGAGACGAUGCUCUCCGAGAUCGUGUCCAUGGGCUACGAGCGGGAGCGCGUGGUGGCCGCGCUCAGGGCCAGCUACAACAACCCCCACCGGGCCGUGGAGUACCUGCUGACGGGCAUCCCCGGCAGCCCCGAGCCCGAGCGGCCCCCGGUGCAGGAGAGCCGGCCCCCGGAGCAGCCCCCGCCCGAAGGCGAGAACCCGCUGGAGUUCCUGCGGGAGCAGCCGCAGUUCCAGAACAUGCGCCAGGUGAUCCAGCAGAACCCGGCCCUGCUGCCCGCCCUGCUGCAGCAGCUGGGCCAGGAGAACCCCCAGCUGCUCCAGCAAAUCAGCCAGCACCAGGAGCAGUUCAUCCAGAUGCUCAACGAGCCCCUGGGCGAGCUGGGCGAGCUCGAGGGGGAGGUGGGCGCCAUCGGGGACGAGUCCCCCCAGAUGAACUACAUCCAGGUGACCCCGCAGGAGAAAGAAGCCAUAGAGAGGCUGAAGGCGCUGGGCUUUCCCGAGAGCCUGGUGAUCCAGGCCUACUUCGCCUGCGAGAAGAACGAGAACCUGGCGGCCAAUUUCCUGCUCAGCCAGAACUUCGACGACGACUGAGGGACCCCCGGCCCUCCCCCCUGCCCUGGGGGGCUCCUCCUGCCCCGGGGGGGUCCCCAGGCCGCGAGGGGGGGUUGGGAUGGAAUCCAGCCUGGAGGGGGGGAUGGGGACACCCCCAGCCCUGCCCCCACCCCGGGAGCAGGGGGAUCCCCUCCCUGCUCUGGGGGGGGGUCUCAGCACCCCCGCUUUGUCCUGGCCCCCCCCCUCCCCAAAAUCCGACCCCCCCUCCCUGUCAGGCCCCGGGGAAGGGAGGGUGGGGGGGGGGCGGCGCCGCGGAACAACCAAAACUGGCGGCAAAGAGAUUAAAUGCAGAGUUUUAAACCCA